GCCAGAAGGAGCUCAAGGCAAAGCCAAGAAGAACUACUCCAUGCGGUGGAUUGCGUGCGCGGGGAAGAUCUCCAGAAAGUUUGUGGUUUCUCUCUACAGCGACCAGGAGCAUCGCAGUAAAGCUUAGAUGAUGCUGCUACGAGUCUGUGUUUCUCCCAACAACGUAAGACGUAUCAACCUUCCCAGUGUCCCAGAGUCCGUGGACCAUUUAAAGACUAUUCUCCAAAGCAAGCUUGAACUGCAGAAUGGGUUUUCCCUACAAUUUGAAGAUCCUGAGUUUGGGAAUUCCCUUUGUAAUUUGCACGACAUAGACGAGUUGCCAGCUGAAAAAGCAGUCUUAAAAGUAAUUUGGGAUGAAGUCACCUUGGAGACAAAUCAACCACCAGCAACUGAUACAUCUGAUGCCGGUUCUGUGUCAUCUCUUGACACAGCAAGUGUAUCCAGUGCUUCUAGUUCAACCAUGAGCUCCCAGAGCUUACACAAGAAUUUAAGAGAUGCUAUAGACUGGCCGUCCUCAUUUGAGGUACCAAAAUUUUCACUUGAUGUUGAACUUAGACUUAAAAAGGCUAAUGAUGUCUAUCAUCAGAACAAAACCCCUCUUGAAGUACCAAGAGAUGUUAAGUCUGAAAUUUUGAGCAAGCUUGUUCAGGCAAUGUUUGAGGUGAAGUCCUAUCCCACAAGAUGUGAGGUUCAGUCUGUUGCCAUGGCUCUUGUGCACAAGCACCCUUGCCUCACAGAAGAUCAACCUAGUUCAGGCUGGGAUGCUUGGCUCACAAGUCUUUGGUUUAAGGUGGGGAACUACCGUUUCAAGUUGCGUCAAGCUGGCAUGUCUGAAGUGAGCGUCAAUCGAAAAAGGCAUGGUGAUGAUGGUCAACUAAAAUACACAAUGAAAAAAUCUAGAAGAGCAGAGGUCAACUUCCUCCCUGACCACCCAAUGGGCCAAACCGAUGAAUCACUAGAGGAAGACAGAUUGGAAAUGACUGAAGAGACCAAGAAGAAAAACAUUGAUUCUACUCUCAUCCGAGAAAAGAUGCACUCUACAUUUUCUCUCCGCCGUAGAGAAUUAGUUGAGGUUGAGCCUCUUGUCAAGGAAAUUAAAGAAUGAUGGCCAGCAUUGUUUCUGACAGAUGAGAUUUGCCGCGAGUUUCAUCGUAUUUCAAAUAUCGAUCUGGUAGGCACAUUCCAGUCAUCAUUGGAGAGAUACACCCCUGCACUGCUUAAGAUGUACCGCAGUAAGAAGGAAUCUGACUUUAGGGCACUGCUUGAUCCUCUAGAUGAACAGGUGAUGGCGAUUGCAGAACACCGUAAAAGAAUAGCCUUGGAAGGAUUGCCCCUCUACCUCAGGGAGGACCCAACAAGUCUUUUCAAGAAAUGUCUGGAUACAGAUGCUGAGGAAGACUACACCAAAGGUGUGAAAAUUGGGAUCCUCACAGUGAUAGAAGAUGACGCUGCAGCAGUCGAGUCUCUUCCUACGGUAAUCAACACAGCCAUCAUUUUGGAAGAGACUGUUGUUCUCCAGGAUAUUAAGGAUGUACCAUCUGCAUUUGCGUAUUUGAUGGGCCUUGUUUAUGCAAUCAAUAUGCAAUACCCCAAAAACCUCAAGUAUACCUUUGAGGUGAUACAAAAGGUUUUUCUCAACCUAGGAGCUACCAGCUGUUCUGCGAGAACCCUGUCUUUCAGAAAUAAAAUGCAGGGAAAUCUGAGAUAGUUUGAUUGAUGUAAUUGUAAUGGCACAUUCUUGGAAGUUUUACUGUUUGUUAGGACUGUGAGACCUUUUAAGUUUAAUUAUAUGCAUUUGCUAACGCUUUACUUGACGGGUGAGUACAUAACAUAUUCAUAGUAGCUGUAGUGACCGUUUCAGAAGACAUGA